AUGUUUGCGGAAGUGCCACAGUUUCCACGAGAUAAGCAGGCAUAGCCAGAUAUUUUUAAGCAAAUUAUAUCUGGUCUAGUAGGAGAAUCUUAUUUGGGUGAAUAAAAUGGUUAAUUCUGUCUAUCCAUGUUAGUUAGACACCUGGUUGUGGUUGAACACGUGGUGAUAUGUUAAAUGGAUGUAAGUUAGCGGAAAGGAGUAUGCAUCUAGAUAGCUAAGGCGUUCGGUUCUGUAUACUAGCCAAGGUUACUUUCCAUUGCAUUGUGGUUAUUUCUGUUAGGUUACCUUUUUAGCUAGAUCUGACUGAAUAGAAGACCAGGGGGAGAAAAAAUAAAUAAAAAUCAGCCCGAUUUAGAGUUUUAUUCAAGUAGUGUCUGGUAACCAGUGGUGAGCCUUCAGGUCUCCCUAAUAGCCUCCAGGCUUGGCACAGUGUCUACAUGCAAGCAGCGAUGCCUGGAUAAAACAGAGGCAGACACACAGGGCCUCGGCCCACAAAGACAAAUGGGAGGGAGGAGAGGUUUAAAGAAGAUAUGGGUGAUUGAAGAGAGGAGACUGAGCUGGGACACCAUGCAGCAGAUCAGGUAUCUGAAGCAGAAGCUACCAGAGGAAUGGACCGUUGACCAUAUGGCCGAGGGCUUCUCUUUCCAUCGUGACAUCGUGACAUCUUCCUCAGAUCUUCCUCGGCGGGUCCUUCCUGGGGGUGGAGGUGGGACAGGAGAGGAGGAGAAAGACGAGCAGAUGGAGAGAUGGGAUGGAACGGCGUUAUCAGAGGAAGAACUGGAGGCACUAAUGCAGUCUACAAAGCCCUGGCCUGUGGUACAUUAUGGAAAAUUGUUAUUUUCUUCUGAGGGAAACUUCCUGUACAGAAUCUGAAGUUCAGAUGUUUAUAUUUUGAUGAUUUCUCUGUAAUGUAGUAAUAUGCUAACUUUAUUUAAAGAUGACAAUUACUGAUAAUGCCACAUUUAUCUGUUAAAGUUUGAUUUUACAUUCUUGUAUCAAGUUGUUUUUCUGAACGUUAACAAAAUAAAAUCUACUCUUAUGCAAUAUAUAUGAGCAGAAAACUUAAAGGAACAAGUUGAUUUAUUAGCCAAUAACCCAAAGCAAAAUCACCUCAAAUAUAUUGAACUACACAGCAGAUACAAAGAUGUAACGAUUCCAGAACUUUCUCACGUUGUAUUAUUACUUUAUACAGCCAUUUUAAAAUGUAAUAGAUGUCACCUUUCAAAUCUCAAUACAUAAAACCUUCAUGAAUGAA